UUUGCAGAUUUGGUGCAGCUGGAGCGCACGGCUGUUUUUCUAGAAGCACGGAGCUCCCGAGGGGCGGGCGUCGGGGCGGCUCUGUGCGGGACUUCUUCAGCUUCGGGUCUCCAGUCCUUGUGGGGUUUGCUUGGAUUUCUGCCGGGGGCCCUCGCCCGCGCCUCUGCUCAGCCAGCUCUUGGGCCUGGGCCGGCUGGGAGACCCGCGCAGGAUGGAGCAGACCGAGGUGCUGAAGCCACGGACGCUGGCCGAGCUUAUCAGCUUGCUGCACCAGCUCUUCGCUGGCGACGAGGUCAACGUGGAGGAGGUGCAGGCCGUCCUGGAAGCCUACGACAGCGACCCUGCCGAAUGGGCGAUGUACGCCAAGUUCGAUCAGUACAGGUAUACCCGAAAUCUUGUGGAUCGAGGAAAUGGGAAGUUUAACCUGAUGAUUCUGUGCUGGGGGGAAGGGCAUGGCAGCAGUAUUCAUGAUCACACGGAUUCCCACUGCUUUCUGAAAAUGUUGCAAGGAAAUCUGAAGGAGACCUUAUUUGCCUGGCCUGACAAAAAGUCCAAUGAGAUGACCAAGAAGUCUGAAAGAACCUUGAGAGAAAACCAGUGUGCCUACAUCAAUGAUUCCAUUGGCUUACAUCGCGUAGAGAAUGUCAGCCACACAGAACCUGCUGUGAGCCUUCACCUGUACAGCCCACCUUUUGAUACAUGCCAUGCUUUUGAUCAAAGGACAGGACAUAAAAACAAAGUCACCAUGACGUUCCACAGCAAAUUUGGAAUCAGGACUCCUUUUCCAACUUCAGGUUCACUGGAGAACAACUAAGGAGCACCCAAUUCUGCAGGGUUUUGCUUUAAGGUCUGCUGAAUAUUUUUGCUUUGGACCAGAAGGCCUUCCACUGUUUGAUGUCCAGUAAUACACUUAAAUAAGCCAAUGCUUAGAUCUACUCUAAGGCAGAUAUUAAUGAUAAAGCAUUAAUGAUCAAAUAGUGCCCCGAACUACUAUUGAAGAAAAUUUCCAUUAAAAAACUCUUGAAAUUUUAAAGACCUAAUCAAGUGCUUUCCAGGUUCUAUCCUGUAAUUCCACUGCAACCAUAGUAGGAGUUUGAAGGUGGUUGGGGAGGGGGGGGUUGUAAGCUUUGAAAAUACUUUGGUCUCUGAGAUAUCAUUUGCAAUAAGUACAAACAAGAAUCCAGAUGCCAGCUGUCUACUUUGUUAUCUGGAGGACUAGAUGUAGAUGUUUUCAAUAUACUUUGUAAACUCUUAAUAAUUGAGAAUUUUUUGAUCUUUGGAUUUUAUUUUUUCAAUGUUUUACAACUUCCUUUUCUAUAGGUAAUAGAAAGACUUAAGACCAUUUUUCUCUAAAGGGCAGAGAACUUACUUUAAAAUGUAGUGUACCCAAGCCUACAACAAACCAAAACCUGUAUCUAAUGUGUCCCAUUGUCAUAGUUUUUAUACUGCUUCCCAGUUUGCCAAAUAAUUUUAAUAAAAUUUGAUUUGAACACAA